UUUGUUAUAAUAAUCUUAGUUGGAGUAGACCAAAUAGCAUGGGAGGAUAGAGCGAAAGACGCUCUAUCUGUUAGUAGAAAAAGAAAUUUUUAUAGACCUUGGUUUCAUGGAAUAAGACACCUGGCUCACUACUUUUGGAUUGCCCUAAGUAGUUGAUAAUUCGACUUAUUGUCAUGUCGGUGGUUCGUGUAAUCUUCAAUUAAAGAGUAUUGGAUUAACUCUUGAUGAUAUUUUACGACUACAGAUCACUCGAAACGUGACGAUGAAUGACCAACUAUUGUCUGUCAAAAUGAGCGUUGUGUUAGCAACGAUUAUAUUUGUUGCGGGCAUUGUGAGUAGCGUUUGCUCCAUUGUCACUUUUCGAAAUCAAGGUUUACAGCAAGUUAGAUGUGGUUUGUAUCUAUUUGCUUUGUCAAUCACUUCUCUUCUGACGAUUACUAUGCUUACAAUUAAAGUUUGGUUCGUAGUUGCUGCACAAAUGAUCACAGAUGUCCAUUUAACGGUUCUUCGAGGUGCUUGUAGAUCGAUUGAGAGUAUUCUUAAGUUUUUCUUCUAUUGGGAUGCUUGGCUAAACGCAUGUGUCGCGAUCGAACAUGCUGUUUCUGUUUAUCAAGGAGUCAGCUUUAAUAUAGAUAAAAGUAAACGUCUAGCUUGA